AUGUGUGAUGAAUCGAAUUAUGUAGUAGGAGUCGUUCUAGGACAAACAAAAGAGUCAAAACCCAUAAUAAUUUCAUAUGCUAGUAAAACUAUAUCUGAUGCUCAAUUAAAUUAUACCACGACUGAAAAAGAGUUUUUAGUUGUAAUAUUUUCAUUAGAAACGUUUAGAUCAUAUAUUUCCAGAGCUAAAAUUAUUAUUUAUACUAAUCAUGUAGUAUAAAUAUGUUCCAUUCAUAUCAGAACAUGUGCCAUUCAUCUAACUGUGGAGGACAUUUUUUUGGACGAAAAAUAGCUGGAAAAAAAUUUCAGUGUGGUUUUUAUUGGCCUAAAAUCAUUAAAAAUUAUAUAGAAUUUAGUAGAACAUGUAUUUCAUGUCAAUCUAUAGGUAACAUGAGCAAAAAAGAUGAAAUACCCAUGAGUAACAUGUUAGUAGUCGAAAUUUUUCAUGUAUAGAUAAUAAAUUUCAUGGGUCUCUUCCUAUCAGUUGAAAAAUAUGAAUAUAUUUUACUUGCUGUUGAUUAUAUGUUUAAGUGGGUGGAAGCUAUUCCUACUAAAACUAAUGAUCAUAAAAUCGUGAUGAAAUUUGUGCAGGAAAAUAUUUUUUCGAAAUUUGGAUGUCUUAGAGUGAUUAUUAGUGAUGGAGGAACAUAUUUUACAAAUAAACAUUUUAGGGAACUAUUGAAAAAGAAUAGAGUACACCAUAAAAUAGCCACUCUAUAUCAUCCUCAAAUAAAUGGGCAAGAUGAAGUAGUGAAUAAGAAAAUUCAGAGAAUUUUGAGAAAAUAAUUAGAUCAAAUAGGAAAGAUUGGCCCACAAAAUUACAAGAUGCAUUAUGGGCUUAUAGAACAGCUUAUAAAAAUUUCAUAGGUAUGUCUCCAUUUUAUCUCAUUUUUGAAAAGCCAUGUCAUCUUCUUGUGGAAAUAAAGCAUAAAGUAUUAUGGGCUAUAAAAAUUUUAUAUAUGGAUGAAAAAUCAGCUGAUGGGCAUAGAAUUUUUUAGCUACAUGAACUAGAGGAGUUGAGGAAUAAAGCUUAUGAAAAUCAUAGAAUAUAUAACAAAAAAAAAAACUUUUCAUUAUAAAUACAUUAGUAGAAAAAAAAUUGAUGUUGGUAAAAAGUGUGGUUAUAUGAUUCUAGGCUGAAAUUAUUCUCAAGAAAAUUAAAAUCAAAAUAGAUAAGACCUUAUAUGGUGGAAGAGACAUGAUCAUAGGGCUGUAAUGAUUAAAGAUCCUAAAAGUGAUCAUAACAUUAAGAUAAAUGGACAGCGGCUUAAACAUUACAUAAAACAUGAAUGCCUUGUAGAAAAAGAAAUUUUAUUAUUAAAAAAAAUUCAAGAGAAAGAUUAAUGUGUCUAGCUAGAGACAUUAAAUUUAGUACUGCAUGGGAGGUAACCCAUGGUCUUUAUUUCAUUUUGUUUUUUUUUAAGCUUUAUUUUUCUUAAAAUUUCACAAUACUUGUUUCUGUAUUUUAUUUUUAUUUUUUCAAAAAAGUGCAAGAGGAGGAGUGUAAGAUGAAGUGGAAAAUUAAAAACAAGGUUAAAGUGAUGUCUUUCUGAGCUUUAUCAUUUAUGACAACAUUUUUAAUACUUAAUUUUACAUAUAUGUAUGUUCACUUGAGAAUUAUAUUUUCUACAUAUUCUGUUCUAAUUUUUCUGUGUCAUUGAGGACAAUGUCAUUUUUAAGUUGAGGGGUGAAGUAUUAAUUCUUAAUUUAUGCUAUAGGACAAUUAAGAACAUGUGUUUGUAUUUUUUUUCAUGCUCACUUAGAACAGCAACUAAAAUAAAAGAUUCGGAAAAACUACAAUAUCUAUUUUCUGGUUUUCUGUCAUGAACAAUAGACUGACAAAAAUAAUAGAGAAAAAAAAGCCCAAAAUUUAAAAUUCUAGAGACCCUUUCUCACAUUUCAAUGCCCUAGACAUAUAUUGCUGAAAUUCAAAAUUACAGUCAUAAAGAGAAUAGUUUUGGUUUAUUUUUGACAAAUUUAUUGUUGCUAAAAAUAGAGCUGAAAACAUAAAGCAAAACUAUCAGAACUAUCUAAUUUACAAAUUUCUUACAUCAUAUUGCAUGCACGAAAAAUUAAAUCAAGUAGAUUGAUUGAUACCAAAAGAUACUAAGAAGAUUAUUAUUAAGUUAAAAGAAUGAUUUAGUAGCAUGAAAUGUUGGAAGACUCCUUGGAUACAUAAUAGAUAACAUGGAUUUGAUUUUAUAGAUUUUCAGUUCAUGAUCUUAAUAAAUAGUAUUUACUUGAUGUGAAAAUUUGAUUGAUCAUUUGAGUUUAAUAGAAAUUUUUGCACCUUGAUCUAUAGGACUUGUGAGGAGAAAUCACUUAUUUCAAAAAAAAAAAGAGAGAGUAAUGUGAAAAAUCUAGAAACAAAGAGUACACAUGGAGGGUGUGAGACAUCAUUCUCAUUGUCAAAAAUCAUGUAUAGAAAAAUAUUUACUGUAAAAUAAGUAGAUAAAGUGAAAGCCCUAAAAAUGAAGAGUACACACAUGGAGGGUGUGAGACAUCAAUCUUAUUAUCAAAACUUGUCUAUAGGAAAAGUUACUUAUCUACUAUAUAUAUAUAUAUAAAAAAAGAAAUAUAAUGCAAACUUUUAAAAAUUAAGUCAUGAGAAAAGAGAAAUAUAGGAUUAAUAUUAUUUUUAGAUGAGUAUUGAUAAUUGGAGCAUGUUGUAAAUAUAUCUAUGAAUGAAGGAGUGAUAAAGAUGUGAAUAGAAGAAGUGAAGUCUAGAUUGUUAUUUCAAGUCUUUCAUGAGAAGGUGUGAUGUGGGUUUAGUCCCACACUACUUGUGCACCAAAGUUUUGGGCGAAUAUAUAGUAAUAUUACAUUUGCAAGCAAUGAGUCCCUUUCUACCGCUUCCUCCAACAUCGAUCUCACAUUUCUUUGAGAUGGAAUUUAAUGGUGGCCGCCAGAAGGUGGGGAGGGGUCGGCGGCGGUAUCGCCGAGGGAGCAACCGUCGUCAAGCCUAGACAGGGUCAUCACCCACCAUGUCUUAUUGCCAAAGAAAGCGCAGACAGGCCGCGUGGGCAGCCGGCCACCACGUGGACGCCCCAAGUCAACACGCCGCUUUCCGACGGAGGCCAGACAUGGACAUCCAUGUGAACGGCCGGCAGGGGGACCAACUGGCCAGCAACCGGCAACAUCCCCGCCCCUCCCAACCGCCGUCCGGCCACUGUUUCCUGCAUGGUGCAACAUAAUAGUAGUACAUAAUCUCAUUUACUCGCUCUUCCGAAGUAGGGGGAGAGGCCCCCGAAGGCACAGUAAAACAGUGAAAAAUGUGAGAGAUGAUGAUAUAUGAUAGAAUAUGUUCUAUGAUGGUAUAUAUAGCGGAAACGAGGGGAUAUUGAGAACAUUGUCUCGAUACCCCACAUCCGCCUGGUGGAGUAUUAUUUGAGGAAGAAAUUGAGAGGGAGCUCCCGCCAUCUACUCUUUCCUUCUCCUUGGUCGCCUCUCUCUCGCCGGUGGACUCCUCCAGAAUGAGGGCUCGGGUCUCAGCGUUGCUCCUCUUGCUGCUGCUGCUGCUGCUGUUGCUGCUGCCUCUAGACACCGCCGCGGGAAGAGGUACGAUGACGGAAACCCUCACUAUUCCUCCCAUCACAGCCGUUUAUUAGUGGAUUUCUGGAUGACUAAGAAGGUCUACUCUCUCUCCCUCUCUCCCUCCCUCUCUCCCUCCCUCCCUCUCUCUCUCUCUCUCUCUCUCUCUCGCUAAUCUGUCUAUCUAGGGAAUGGGAUGGAAGAAGAGCCUUCGUCCGCCUUGGAGAGGAACCAGCAGGUGGGUUUCUUGUUUUCGGGACCCUUCAUCUUGUUUUACUCUAUUCUGGGGAUCGAAAGCUGAAGGUAUUCGGUCGGUUUCAGGAUGACAGUGGGAGUGUGAGAGCAGGGAGAGCUCCGGUGGGAAGAACAGCUCUCCAUUCAGGUAUGAUGAAGGAGAGUUAGAAUUUUAGUUAGAAUCCAACCGUAGAUGGGAAAACUUUCAUGAAGAUUAUUGCUUCUGAUCAUCCGAAACAUGAUCUCUCUCUCUCUCUCCCUCUCUCUCUCUCUCUCCCUCUCUCUCUCUCUCUCGCUCUCUCACUUGCUCAGAGUACUCACUUUAUCCCUCUUAUCGCGCAGGAAACAGUAGAAAACUUCUGACCCGGGCGCCACGAAAGGUUUGUCUUUUAGUCAGAACAAUUAAAGUCAAACUGGCGUUCCGAUUAUUCCAGCACUGUAAUCGUCUUCAUCCUCACGUUGAUUUUCGUUAUCUUCCACAGGGCGCCAGAAGUCAACGGGUACAAGAGGUCGCCGCCGUCCCUGUCGUCGCCGAGCACGACCCGCCGGCCGAGGAGAUGGACCCCGGCGUCAUGGACAUAGAAGGGAUGGACUAUUCUCCGGCUACGAGGAAGCCCCCGAUUCGCAACUGAUCUCUGCGAGCAGAGUACCGCCGAAAACGGUCUAUAAACGAUCGCAGACAGAGAAUACAGAUGUAGAUAGAUAGAUAGAGAGAGAGAGAGAGAGAGAGAGAGAGAGAGAGAGAGAGAGAGAGAGAGGAGAGAGAGAAGAUGGAGUUCAUCACAGAAAAUGGUGCACCUCCCUGUGCAUAACUUACCCAUUAUGAAUAGAGCCAUCUCCUUCCUCAGUGAGCUGAGAGAGCUUUAAAUAUGUCUGAGACCAAUAAAUGAUGAACACUGAAGAGAGAGACAGAGAGAGAGAGAGACAGAGGGAGAUGGAGCACCUGGUGGGGGGCUUCAGGAGGAGGAAACUACGAAGUCGGGGUAAUUGAAUGGGUGGUCCUUGUCGACUCACAUGUUCGCCGCUGAAGCGGCACGUGCGGCGGUCGGCCGGCAAGAUCGACGGUGGGGACCGGGGUGGGGGGCGGCGAAGAUAUCUUCGGGAUGAUAGCUCCAGUGUCGUGGACAGUGAACCUCUCGUUAAACACGGCAGAGAGAGGUUGUCAACGUGCAUGCUUUCGGAGCUAGCCAGCGAGAUGGAGGGAGGGAGAGAGAGAGAGAGAGAGAGAGAAUUCCCAGGUCAGCCUAAAGCCACGAUCCGGCUGAAGGAUAACUGCAUAAACUAUACACUUUUUUGGUUUUUCUUGACCCUUCGUGGCUUAAUUGUAGAGAGAUGCAUAGAUGAAGGCAUGCAUACACAUAUAUACACAGAGAGAGAGCGAGAGAGAGAAGGGACCAUAAUCCACGAUUCGGGGAUCAAUGGCUCCUUUGUUGCGAGCCAGCGACGGGAGUCAUUGGUAAAGUCGUAGCAUUUAUGGUAGUCGUCGGGGAAGAAAACAGCGAGUCAACGGACAGAUCCUCGUUAAUCCAAAACUGUUCCAGCGGAACAGCUGAAAUACUCCAAUCUCAGUGGACCGCUUUUCCGAGGCCCGGACUGGCCCCAAACAUCCCAUUAUUGGGCUGGACCAUAGAACCUGUCGACAAGCCCAAUCGUCAUCCCAUUAUUGGCCCAGCCCACAUAAAUAGGCCCACAAGCCCAAUAAAUUUUAUAAACUGAAUUUUAGGCCUCUAAUUAACUAAUUAUGAUGAACGACUCUGCUUGCCUCUUGUUAAGAGAAAAAGUUCAAACCGUACAAAUGAAUGCCUACUUAUGUAGACUACAGUUCUGAGCGAUGUGAAGCUCAGAACUUCAUGUCUAUGGGGAAGCAUUAAGGUACAUGGGAGCUUCUGAAUCUCUAGAAGAUUGGAGGAACUUGAGAAGGAAGAGGCAGCGAAGUGGCGAUGGCCUCCUAUGCGACGGUUCUAGCCUCUGUCCGCUCACAUUCGGGCUGCCAACCAGAAGAUUAGGACCUACAAAGCAUCUCCACCAAUUGGGGGCUUCUGAUUCACUUCUGCUAGGGGCGGAGGCUGCAGUCAUCUGCCCAUCUGAAGUGGGUAAGAUAGAAGAAGAGAGGGGAGAGAUCAAAGAAAAUCAAAUUCAAUUGCCUUAGAUCUAAGAUAAUAAUAAGUACAUGCUUGAUGAAUCACUUUCUCCAAAGGUGCAUUCUUUCUCCUCCUUUCCUUUAUGUAUGCCCUUCUUUAUUCUGAGGUAGCCCAUGUGCAUUGUUUGUGAAGCUCUUAUUAUUCCUUUAGUCUAUUAGGAGUCCCCUAUAAUCUCACCUUCAGUUAUUCCCUAGUUGAACUUAGGUCUUCUUCCUUCUAAAAUGAGUGCAUAGAGGCUUAACAAUUCUCCCCAUAAUGAGUUUCACCUUGUCCUCAAAGUGAUGUUGAUUCCUAUGAGGCUUCAUAGUCAAGAAUGUUUUUUCAUUUAACUAGUAUUUCCGUGUUAAAAGAUAAACUCUAAAAGGAAGGAUGUCUUGAGGAACAAUCACUCAUUCUAUAUCUUCUAUAAGCAUUCUUAUAAUUUGUUGACUGCAAUCAAGAUUUUACAAGGCUCUAUAGAGCUUUGAGACAUGAAACACUAGAUAAAAAAUGUGUUAUUUAGUAGCUCUAAUUUGUAUGCCACUAGUCUAAUUUGCUCCUUGAUGGGAUAGGAACAAAAGAACUUAGGGGCAAGUUUUUCAUUGAGCUUCUUUGUCAAUGUCCUCAUGUGAUAGGAUCUGAGUCUUAUAUAAACAAAGUCUCUCACUUGAAAUUCUAUGUCACUUUUAUGUUUUCAUCUUGGACUGCAUGUUAUAAAUGUUCUUACAAAAGUUUAAGUAUUUCAUCAUGUUGUAUUAAAUAUAUACCCAUUCCAUUGAUUGAUGAAGUAGGCAACUGAUGUGACUUAAUCUUUGUAUUAUAAAUCACUCAAAUUUAAAAUUUAUAAAAAUAAAAUACUAUUUUUUAGAUUUUUAAAAGUAUUUUAACACAAAUAUAUCAAUUAUAAUUUGAUCAAAGUCUCCAAAAAAAGUAGAAAAUUUAUAGGUCAAUUAUAGGGAUAUAAAAUAAUAUUAAGUUAAAUUUUAGAAAAUGUCACAAUAAUAUAAUUUUUUAUAAUUUUUAGACUCAAUGAUGAAGAAAAAAUAUAUUUAAAAAUUCUUGAAAAAACAUUUAGGUGUAGAGAUCAAGAUGACAUUAGCAUUUCAAUAAGCAUGAUUUGUGCAUAACUCUAUUUUUAUCUUGUGAUUCUUGUGUAAAUGAUUACAGAUGAUUUAAUUGAUCAAAUUAAGAUGUGUAAACACCAAAAGAAUCAUAAUUAGCUAAAUUAGAUUUUUGAAAUUUGAAAUUACACCAAAAUUUUACUAAUUGAAAUAAAAAAAUUUAAUAAUAAAGGAGAGAACCUUAGAAUUUAUAAAAGAGAAUAGAUGACAACAUAUUUCUAUAUAAAAGAGGAGAAUAGGAGAUAGAGAUAAUGAGCCCUAAUAGGUCAAGAGUCCAAUGACAUUACUGGACACUCUCUCUCAAGCUCAAGCAUAUAAGUCAAACAUACUCAACUUGGUACAUGUGACGUCGUACGAGAUCUCGGCCAGACUUUUCGUGAAGGCGUCUGUGAGUUAAUAAGAUGAGGCCAUAUGAGGAGGAGAGAUGAGAUCAAACAUAAAUUGUCUUGAAUGUAGUGAUAGUUGAUCUCAAUAUAUUUCGAAUGCUCAUGAAAAGUAUAAUUGUUGACAAUGAAGAUAGCAGCUUGAUUGUCACAAUACAUGGGCAUUGGAGAAGGAGAAGAGAUGACAAGAUCUUUGAGAAGUGAUCAAAGCCAUACCAUUUCACGUGUGGUCUUAGCCAUGACUCGAUAUUCAGACUCUACGCUAGAGCAUGACACCACUCUUUAUUUCUGGGACCACCAUGUGAUGAGGUUAUUUGCAACAUAUGUGUAGUAACCUAUAGUAGAUUUCUGCUCACCCUUGUCACCUACAUACUCAGAAUCAAAAUAGGCUUCAACACGGAGAUGACCAUGUUCCUGAUAGAUGAGUCAUUUCAUUGAAGCUCACUUGAUGUAUGUUAGAACAUGUAGAGCUCCCUUCUAAUGAACUCGUCAUGGUUCCUGCAUGGAUUAACUUAGAAUACUAACCGUAUACACGAUGUUGGAAUGAGUGAUGGUGAGAUAUAUACUAGUUUGCCCAAUAAUCGCUUGUACUGAUUACCAUCUUCAAGGAGUGAAGAUGAAGUGUCCUAGAACUAUAAACAGACUUUUAUAGGAGAAAUCUAUGACUUGCACCCAAGGAGUAAAGUUUCCUAAAACAUGUUAAGGAUAUACUUCUAUUGGGUCAUGGCGAGCUUUUUAUCCUAGUAUGCAAACUCAAUCUCAAGAAAAUAUCUUGGAGUCUCCAAGUCACAGAUGUUGAGGUGCUACUACAAAUAAGCUUUAGUAAAAUGAAUGCUGGCCUCAUCACUCUCAAUCACAAGAAUGUCACUGACAUAGACCGUAAGAAUGACCAGGCCACCCUAAAUUUGAGCAUAAUGAGAUCCACAACGCAUGACGAGAAGUCAAAUGUGGUGAGAAGACUAUUGAACUUGGCGAAUCAAGUGUGUGGAUUCUACUUGAGCCUGUAAAUCACCUUUCGCAAGAAACACACCUUAGUGAUUCUCUUUGACCUGCUCCUCGAGAUCACUAUAGAGAAAUGUGUUAAAAAUAUGUAACUAAUGGAGAGACUAUGCUUGAUUUAUGAUGAGAGAGAGGAACACUCAGACGGAAGCGAGUCAGAUGAUAGGGGAGAACAUCUUAGUAUAGUCGAUGCCAUAUGCCUAGGUGAAGUCACGAACAACCAAAUGACUCUUAUGACAUGCAAUAGUGUCAUCUAGAUGGUAUUUGAGUGUGAACACCCAUUUAUACGUGAUGAUAUUGACAUUCGCCAAAUAGAGAAACAAUGUCCAAGUCCCUCAAGAUACUAAGACAUCUGCUUCCAAGUCUAUGGUCACCUUUCACUUAGGUACCUAUGUCGCCUCAACAUGCAAGUGGAGAAUCAACUUAGAGGCCAUAGAAAGGGCAAAGGUACAAUAGGAGGGGCAAAGGCAAUUGUAGGAAAUGAUAUGAGAGAUAGGGUAUAGGGUACAAGCACAUAUACUUAUGCACAUGGCGAUGGAAAGAUGAAGAUUAUCUUGAGGAGCACUGGGGAUGUUAGUGAGAGGCAUAGGUGGCUUGGUGGAGGAGGGGGACGACGGAUCUACAUUCGAAGUGGAGGAGGCAAGUGGAAGAUGGGGAGCUAGGAGGAGGAGGUGAUGGUGGAGAGGAUGGACAAGAGGGAUUCGAAGAAGACGAAUCUACAAGGACCACCAAGGGGAAAAAGCUAGGUGGAGGACAAAUGGUAGCUCGAGAAGGAGGGAAGGUAGAGGAGAAGAAGGCAAACUCCUCAUGGAAGGUGAUGUCAGCCGACGUAACGUAGUGACAGGUGUUAGAAAAAUAAACUAGAUAGCCCUUCUACAUUUGAGAGUAGCUGACAAAGACCUUUUUGAGAGUACAAGAGACUAGUUUGGAUAAGGAAAGAGAGUGAUCCUUGAUUAAGGCAGUGCAUUCAAAGAUCUGAGGAGAAAAAAAAAUAGGGGUGAGAUAAAUAGGACGUGUGAAAGGGGAAUGACCCUACCUAGAGGAGUAGAGGGAAGCCAAUUCUAGAGGUAAGUGGUCGUCAUGAGGGCGUCGGUUCACCGAUAGUGUGAGACAUUCAUCUCAAGAAGUAGGGUACAAGUGAUAUCAAGGAGCUGGCGAUGUUUAUGCUCAAUGACACUAUUUUGUUAUGAGGUAUAAUGACAAGUGAUCUAAUGAAUAAUACUAUGAUUGGCAUAGAAGGUUUAGAGAGAAAACUCGAAGGUGCUAUUAGUACGAAGAAUAUUGAGUGACGACCUUAGAGUGAUAGCGUAUGAGGUAUACCCAACUGACACAAGUAUAGUCAUCAAUAAGAAUGAUGUAAUAUUAGUGGCCUGAGAGGACCCUAUACAUCACAAUGGAUGAGAUCAUAAGAGGAAGAAGAGAGAAUACCAUCUCAACUGAGGUAGAAGGAACGGUGAUGUUUACUUAGUUGACAUGACUCGCACACAUACUUCUUAAGAGAAAGUUAUAGUAAUUUUUUUGAAGUUUCUCAAAAUAGGGAUGGCUGAUAAGUCUUUAUUAUCAUGAGUUAAUAAUUAGUAAAUAAUAUAGUUUUAGCAUUAACUCAUGAUAAAUAGACUUAUAUUUGUGUUAAAGUGUGAAAAGUUUUUUUCAAUUGAUUAACGUGAAUUUUUCAGUAAUUAUGUGAUUUUAUAUGAAUUUAUAUAAUUUUUAUAGUCUUACUUUUGAGAUAGAUGAAGAAAAAGAAAUAAAAAUAAAAAUAAAACAAAAUGGGGGAGACCUGCCAGCUAGCCGGGCCCGCAAGCAGGUUAGAAGCACAAUCGAGGAGUAGCCGCAAGAGUAGGGGCUUGAGCAGCUUAGACCGAUAGGGGGCACUUGUGCGCCACCCCCCUUCCACAUCACCAAUGGCCAGCCGGCUGUGGGGCAAGGAGUGGUCAUACACACGCGAGAAAGGGACUUACUUGUAAAUAUAACAUUACUAUAUAUUCACUCGAAAAUUCUGCGCACAAGCGAUAUGGGACUAAACCCAUGUCACACCUUCCCCAGAAAAGGCAAGCAACCAGCAUAGGUUUGAAUCCUCCUAGAGUCAAAACUCAUAUUUUUUAUCUAAUUAUUGCGACUUUCCUUGAAGGAUUAAGCAACCAGAAUCACUUGAUCAUCGGCGAAAAUCUCGUCAACACGAUUUGCAGAGCAUUGUUACUAAAAUUGUUGAACGAUUAGUGAUAAAAGGAUCGUGAAUCCCUUGAGUAAAGCAUCUCCAAUUGAUCAACGAACAAGCCGUCAUCGAGAAGAGGACGAUCCAUCGAGAGACAAGUCGCCACCUCUUGAGAGUGUACUGGAUGCAAUGAAGAACCUCCUCUUAUUACGUGGACCUGAGGAUGAAGCUCCCUAACACGUGCCCUACCUCCAUCUAGCUCGUCUCCAUCAGGUGAUAGCCACUGGAGAGCCGCAAAGUCGUCAUUUUUCCCCUCCACUGGGUGACAGCCGCUGGAGACGAUUCAACAACCCAUUUCAUUGAUCUCUAGGCUUCCCAAGGAGAUCUAGAGAUUGCCCACGUCGUCUUUAUCCAAGGAGAGCCUUCGAGGCUGUGGAACACUACACGACGAUCCUCCUGAACACUUAGGAUUCCGGUGCAUCGCUGACGUAUCGCCGCCGCGACGCCGGAACUCUGUUUUCCUACUUUCAACUUAAUUUUCAUUUCAUUUAGUGAUAAUUUAUUGAUUUUAAAUUUACCAAGAUAUAUGAUGUGACUUAGUCGUUGUAUAUUAAAUCACGCAAAUAUAAAAUUUAUAAAACUAGAAAAUACAAAUUUUCGGAUAUUUAGAAGUAUUUCUAAAUAAAUAUAGCAAUUAUAAUUCAAUAAAACUUCCAAAAAUAGCGGUAAUUUUCCAGGUCGAUCACAGGGAUGUAAUAUAAUAUCUGGUAAUUAUUCAGAAUUUUUCUCAAUGAAUACGAUUUUCUAUGAAUUUUAUACUAGGAAAUAAAAAGGAAAUAUAUUUAAAAUUCACGAAAAAGGGAAAUAAGGGCGCAGGCGUCAAGAUGACGUCAGCGCCCGGCGAACGCGAAUCGGGCGGAAACAGAGUUCCACCCGGCGAUUCUUACGUAAGCGAUUACAGACGAUUUAAUUAAUCAAAUUAAGAUCUGUAAAAGCCAGAAGAAUCGUAAUAGAACAAAGUAUAUUUUGGUAAAUUAAAAUCACAAAGAAAUAUCACUAAAUGAAGAGUAAAGUAAGUUUAAAGCAGGAAAACAGAGUUCCGGCGUCGCGACAGCGAUGCGUUGGCGAUGCACCGGAAUCCUGAGCGUUCGGGAGGAUCGUUGUGCAGUGUCCACGGCCUCAAAGGCUCUCCUUGGACAAAGACGACGUGGGCAAUCUCUAGAUCUUCUCGCGAAGUCUAGAGAUCAAUGAAAUGGGUCGCUGAGUCGUCUCCGGCGGCUGUCACCCGGCGGAGCGGAAAAACGGCGACUUUGCGGCUCUCCGGCGGCUAUCACCCGACGGAGAGGAGCUGGAUGGAGGUGGGGCGCGUGUCAAGGAGCUUCAUCCUCAGGUCCGCGCAGCAAGAGGAGGCUCUUCAUCGCAUCUGGUACGCUCUCAAGAGGUGGCGACUCGUCUCCCGGCAGAUCGUCCUCUUCCCGACGACGGCUUGUUCGUCGAUCAAUCGGAGAUGAUUUACUCGAUGGAUUCGCGAUCCUUUUAUCGCGAAUCGUUCAACAAUUUUAGUAGCAAUGCUCCGUGAAUCGCGUUGACGAGAUUUUCGCCGAUGAUCCAGUGAUUUUGGUUGCUUAAUCCUUCACCGGCAAUCUGUAGGAAAGUCGCGAUAAUCAGAUAAAAAGAUAUGAAUUUUGACUCUGGGAGGAUUCGAACCCGCGCCGGUCGCCCGCCUGUGAGGAAGGUGUGACGCGGGUUUAGUCCCACAUCGGUUGUGCGCCGAUUUUUCGGGCGAAUAUAUAGUAAUGUUAGCUUCGGAAGCAAAGUCACUUCUCUCGCGUGUACGACCACUCCUUGCCCCACAGCCGGCUGGCCACCGGUGACGUGGAAGGGGAGUGGCGCACACGUGCCCCUAUCGGUCCAAGCUAA